UUUAUUAACAACACACAACUGUAAACCAAUCUUUCUCUCUUCUCCUCCCUCCGCAAAUUCACAUGGCCUUCCGUAACGGUUACGCCCAUCAUCAACCAACAAGAGAGGAGCAACCUUCACCGGAGAUGAUCCAACAACAACCUAACCCUCCUCAAUUUCUCAAAACCAUCGACGACUUAACCGCGUUUACAACCGCAUUCAACGCCUUCAAACGCCUCUACGACGACUUGCAGAGCCACGUGGACUCCAUCGAGACCGCAAUCGACUCCAAACUCAAAACUAACCCCACCGAAACCUCCGCCGCGUCGCCUCCGCGGUCUGAAGUAACAACCACCGCGAUUGCAUGCCAAUCGCCACCGGAGAAGUCUGAUAAGUCCGAAGUGGAACGAUUGUGUGAAUCGAUGUGCAGCAAAGAGCUGCGCAAGUACAUGUACACGAACAUCUCCGACGAGGCUAAGUUAAUCAAAGAGCUUCCGUCAGCGUUGAAGCUUGCUAAGGACCCAGCGAAGUUCGUUUUCGAAUGCAUUGGGAAGUUUUAUUUGCAAGGACGCAAAGCGUUCGCUGAUAAUUCGCCUGCGGUUCCUGCGAGGAAGGUUUCGCUUUUAAUUCUGGAGUGUUAUCUUCUGACGUUUGAUUUUGAUGAGGAGGGGAAGGUUGAGGUUGUUAGUUCUGUUAAAGACGAGGCGGAGGCGGCUGCUGUGGCGUGGAGGAAGAGGCUGGUGGGUGAAGGAGGGUUGGGUUGUGCGGAGGAGAUGGAUGCGAGGGGUUUGCUUUUGUUGGUUUGUUGUUUUGGGGUUCCUGAGGGGUUUAGGAGUGUGGAUUUGUUGGAUUUGAUUAGGCGGAGUGGUGUUGGUGAGGUUAUGGGUGCGUUAAAAAGGUCGCCUUUUCUUGUUCCUAUGAUGUCAGGUAUAGUUGAGUCAAGUAUCAAGCGUGGGAUGCAUAUUGAAGCUCUUGAGAUGGUAUAUACGUUUGGGAUGGAGGAUAGGUUUUCAGCUUCUUCAAUUCUAACUUCAUUCCUAAGGAUGAGCAAGGAUUCAUUUGAGAAGGCAAAACGGAAAGCGCAAGCACCCAUGGCAUUUAAAGAGGCGAACGAGAAGCAGUUAGCUGCGUUAUUAUCAGUGAUGAAGUGUUUGGAGGCUCACAAGUUGGAUCCAGCGAAAGAAGUACCAGGGUGGCAGAUCAACGAGCAAAUGGUGAAGCUGGAGAAAGACAUUCUUCAGCUCGACAAACAGAUGGAGGAAGCGAGAUCCAUCAGUCGAAUGGAGGAAGCGAGAUCCAUCAGUCGAAUGGAGGAAGCGAGAUCCAUCAGUCUAAUGGAGGAAGCGGCACUUAACAAGAGACUGUAUAACCAACAGAUGAAACGUCCAAGGUUGUCAGACAUGGAAAUGCCACCACAAACAGCUUACUCAUCUUAUUCUCCUAUAUACCGUGACCGAAGCUUCCCUAGUCACAGAGAGGGAGAUACAGAUGAAAUAUCAGCUCUUGUGAGUAGCUACCUGGGGCCAGCAUCAGGUUUUCCUCAUCAGUCAAGUCUCGGGAGAUCUCCUGAAUAUAUGGUUCCACCUGGUGGGUUAGGAAGAGAUUUAUCUGUGUAUGAUCAUCUGCCUCCAAAUUUUUACUCUCCGGUUCCAAGACAGCAUUCCCCGGUUCACGGACAGAGACUUCCUCGAGAGUACUCUCCUUCAAUACAUGGGCAUCACCAAAUGCCAUAUGAUUUACAAAGAGUUUACAGACAUUCACCACCUGUAGAAAGAUACUUGGCUUUACCUCAUCACAGGUCUCCUCGUAACUCAUCACAAGACCGCAUAGGAGGACUGUAA